AGCCUCUAUCUCUUCCACAAACACAUCUAGCCAUGGCAGGUUCCUCCGCUCCGGCAGCCAUCUCCUUCGCCCAUGUUCAGAUCGCUGAGAAGCUAACUAGGGAGAACUAUCUAUCCCUGGAAAGCUUAGGUCCUGCCACCGGUCCGAGGUGCCCUUCUCAUGGGUUUCCUUGACGGAUCGCGGGCAGCACCACCGGAGGAAAUUGAGGAGGAAAAGGCGGACAAGACUGUCGAGAAGGUAUGUAACCCAGCCUAUGCAGCGUGGGUGGCUCAAGACCAGCAGGUUUUGGGCUUUCUGCGCGGGUCUCUUUCCCGAGAGGUGUUGCUGCAGGUGAUGGAUCAUACGGAGAGCAGCAAGCCGUGGGCGGCGAUCCAGGCGAUGUUCGCCUCGCAGUCGCGCACCCGCGUCAUCCAGCUCCGCACACAACUCACAAACUCACGCAAGGGAGAUCUCUCUGCCACUGCGUACUUGACCUAGAUGAAGGGAAUCGCUGACCAGCUUGCUGCCGCGGGGAAGAAGAUGGACGACGACGAUCUGGUCUCGCAGAUUCUCUCGGGGCUUGAUGCAGACUACAACCCCUUCGUCUCGGCGCUCUCUACCAAGGUGAACGAGCAGGCGAUCACCCUCGCCGAACUCUUUUCCGGGCUCCUGGUGGCCGAGUCACGUCUAGAGGCACAGAACCAGGUGAGUCAGCAGCUGUCGGUCAAUCUCGUCGCCAAGGGUGGACGUGGCGGCGGCUAUCCUCAGGGUCGCAGCAACAGCAGCGGCAACGGUCGCGGUGGAGGAGGCGGGUGCUCCUCUGAUGACGGGUGUGGUGGCUAUGGUGGCUACCCCAACCAGCGCCAAGGCGAAGGCGGCAGUGGCAGCCAUGGCGGUGGUGGUCACGGUGGUGGAGGCUACCACAACGGCGGCGGCGGCUACUACAACGACGGCGACGGGGGCUACAACAACCAUACCCGCCCCGACGUGGUCAUAUGCCAAAUCUGUGGCAAGGCCGGCCAUGAUGCAUAUCACUGCUGGAAGAGGUUCGAGAAGAACUUCAAGAGGAAGGAGAAGAAAACAAACUCCGCAGCCACUUCGUACGGAGUUAAUACGAACUGGUACAUCGACACUGCAGCAACCAACCACGUCACGAGUGAGCUAGACAAGCUCGCUACCCACGAAUGCUACAGCGGCAUAGAUUAA